AGUAGAUGCCGCACACCGCAAUGGCGACCGUCCAUGCGCCUGGCAUGCUCUGCACUACCUCCUCAUCAUCCGGUCGUGAUACAUAGCUGCGAGUCGUGCUAUCCCACACCUCUCGUGCUCUCUCUCCUUCUCGCCGCCAGCCCAUCUGCUACGCAGCGACCUUCACCUCCGGUCACGCCCAGUCGAGAGUGUCACGGCCGGUCUGCGCCAUAUUGUAUCCCUGCAUCCCCACGCAGUCUUGUGGAAUGCAAUAAAGGCGAUCGCAGUCGAGAAAGCAGGAUCGGAUGUCAGUCAUGUGCCAAGUCCGAUGGGCGUCGGACUUGCAAGGACACGACCCCGGAUUGUAGUCCUUAUAGUCCCAGCCUUCUUGUCCUCUCAGCAACUCACUUGCACUAUGUCGCAUACGCAAGAGCAUCUCAACACGCAAGAGUCCUCCGGAUCUAAUGACAAGAUCAACGACGGCCACUACGAUCAUCUCUCGCACAACGCGAGAGCAGUGACACCGGGCGGUAAUCCCAUUGACAAUGAGCAGCCUGGCUUCAACCAAGCACAAUAUCACAGAAAGUUUGGCAAUCCAACACCACUCGGACUGUUCUCCUUCGGCACCGGCUUCCUCUGCUCAUCGCUAUUCACGCUGCAUACUCGUGGCAUCACAACGCCGAAUGUCGGCGUAGCCUUCUUCAUUUUCUACGGUGGCAUCUUCCAGAGUCUUGUCGGCUUGAUCGAGUUGAUCUGCAACGCAAACACGUUUGCAGGAACCGUUUUUGGCUCAUUUGGAGCUUUCAAUCUGAGCUAUGGCGCACUGUACUUGCCAGCGCUCGGCAUCGCGGCCGCUUACACUGAUCCUGCGACUGGAUUGCCGUCUGAAGAGUUCAAUCAGGCAGUAGGCAUCUACCUUUGGUGCUGGUUUAUCGUCACGACGCUGUUCGUCAUCGGCGCGCUGCGAACGUCAGUCGUCGUUCUUUCGACGCUUGUCUUCACAGCUCUCGCGUUCGCUUCCUUGGCUGCAUCUCUGAAUCUCGACAGCCAACAUGCGCUCACUGCGGGCGGUGCGUUCGGCAUCUGCGCAUCAAUCUGUGCCUAUGCUGCGGCUUGCGCUGGCUUUUACACGAAGGAAACGACAUUCGCCUUCAUCCGGGUACCGCCAGGCAGUCUGGCACCAUCGGUCGUCUGAGUACACGUAUAUUGUCUAGCAAAAUUGCAUGGGUUGCACGCGGCGG